AUGGGCGCUACUGCGAGCUCGGCGUCUCCACAACGGCACUUGGUUUUCUUCGUCUACGAAGCAUGGGGCCACAUGCGCUCUUGGUGCAACUUCGCGGCUCGGGUCGUGAAAAUGCGGCCCAACAUUCUGAUCACGCUGUUUACCACGCCCACAUUCUAUGACAGGGUGCAGACGGAGUUAAGGAGGAACUUUACGGAUCAGGAUUCUAGCCUUUUGAGUCACAUCCGAACGAUAGCUCUGCCGCGUGACGAUACCACCCCGCUGGACAGCAGCGUGCUUCUGAACGCCUUCGCCGAUGCAUACGAGAAGCUCGUCAACCUGCAGCCUGUGAGAUGUGUGAAGACGGAAACGGACAUUGAGAGUGUGUGCAGCCCGGACGCGGUCCUGGUAGAUUUCUUCGGCAGGGCUCCCAUCGAGGCUGUCCGCAGGACUAGUAAGAAACCAGUCAAGGUCUUGUUCUGGUUUGCAUGUUCAGCGACGUCGCUCUUCUGCGUCGGUGGCCCCGAGAGACAGGGCGGAAAGGGCAAUCUUCGUGCGAGAAGCGAAGAAAUCGCCAAACUGACAGGUGUCAGCGUUGAGGAGGCAGCAGGGCAGAUCACCUUGACGGGCAAAGGGUCUCUCAUCCGCAUGCCAGGUCUACCGCCGAUGUAUGACUAUGAAGUUCAGCCGCAGCGCCCCAUUGCUCCGGCGGCACUGCUUGGUGGUGUGAAUCUUAGGACCUACGAUACUAUGGCAGAAUGCGAUGGACUAGUGUUUGCGGGGCCGGAGUGCUACGAACCAGAGGCUAUCGCAACCCUUAGGGAUUGGCUGGCGGAGUCAUCGCGGCCCGUCUAUGCGUGUGGACCCCUCAUUCCUUCUGGUGCCCAAGCGGCUGCUUUCGAGAAACUAGAGGGAUCGGAUGCUACUAAGGUAGAGAGCUUCCUGGAUGCCAAAGUAGCCAGUCAUGGCAAGCACACUGUUCUCUAUAUAUCCUUUGGAACGAUAUUCUUCCCGAUGGAGCCUGAGAAACUUGCUGCCUUCCUCGAAAUCGCCAUGGAGAAGAAGAUCCCCUUCAUACUGAAUCAUUCAUCGCCUUACAUCCCUCUACCCGACUUCGUUACGGACAAGCUGAGCAGCUAUCCCGACUGCCUGGUGACCAAGUGGUGUCCUCAGCAGCUCGUUCUCAGCCACAGCGCUACAGGUUUCUUCCUCACACAUGCAGGUCACAAUAGCGUGACAGAGGCCAUGACAGAAGGAGUCCCAUUGAUAUGCUGGCCGUUCAUAUUGGACCAGGCGACCAACGCUGCUCGCAUCAGCGACAGGCUUCAGAAUGGCUACGAGUUGUUCCAGGUCCGUUCCGGGCCUGGCCUGCAACCAGCGUAUCGUCUCGGAAAGGCACCGGAAGGCACAUUAGAGGCGUUCUCCGCCGAGGCACAACAGGUGUUGUCGAAGGCGUUCGGAGAAGACGGCCAGCGCAGGCGGGCUAACGCCCAGCGGCUCAAGCAGCGGAUCAUGCAGGCUUGGGGCGAGAACGGCUCGUCGCAGAAAGCGAUCGAGGAUUUCCUGGCUUCAGUGGCCGGCGACGAGGCUCCUCGGGGCUUUUUCAGUUCCUUGUCUGCUUGGUUGUGA